CUCAAACAUCGCACCCGAUUUCAUCACCUCCUCCUUGGCUUGGUUAUUCCGCAAAUAUUACCCUAGACUCCCUCCUUAGUGUCCCUCGUCACAAUCUACCGCAAUGGCCGACUCCAACGAAUCUCAGCCGAUCGUCCGGGCCACCAAGCCCGUCAGUGAGGCAUUGCUCAAUGAGAAGUGGGAUCGCGCUAUCUCCUCCAUGAUCAUUCGCUCCUCUCUCGGUCUCGGUUUCGGUGUUGUUUUCUCAGUGCUCCUCUUCAAGCGGAGGGCUUGGCCCGCUUGGGUUGGUCUGGGCUUUGGCGCUGGACGUGCUUGGGAGGAGGCCGACUCUUCGUUCCGUCGUGGCGACUCGCCCGUUAGAGACGCUCUGCGUCGGUAGAGGGUUCAGCAUUUGAUUGUGUAUGAUACCUGUAUAGCCGAGGGAAUAAAGUCAGAUUGGGGCUUCAUUCAUACUGUUUAGAAGAAUUCCUAGGCUCUGUUUACCGUUUAGCAUGCAAUCCAUCAUUGUUGUAUCCCGCCAUUGUUCAGUUUGCGGCUUCAAUUCGCAUCGCCAGG